AUGACCGAGGCGGCGCUGGUGGAGGGCCAGGUCAAGCUGCGAGACAGCAAGAAGUGGAAGACUAGGUGGCUGGUGCUGCGCAAGCCGUCUCCAGUGGCAGAUUGCCUGCUGAUGCUGGUCUACAAGGACCGGACGGAGCGCACCAGGGGCCUGCGGGAGCGUAGCAGCCUGACCCUGGAGGACAUCUGUGGCCUGGAGCCGGGGCUGCCCUACGAGGGCCUGGUACACACGCUGGCCAUCGUCUGCCGCUCCCAGGCUGUCAUGCUGGGCUUUGAGACCCGUGAGGCCAUGUGUGCCUGGGACGCCCGCAUCCGCUAUGCGCUCGGGGAGGUGCACCGGUUCCACGUGACAGUGGCCCCAGGCACGAAGCUCCAGAGUGGCCCUGCCACGCUUCACCUUUGCAAUGACAUCUUGGUGGUGGCCAGGGACAUCCCUCCGGCUGUCACCGGCCAGUGGAAGCUGUCAGACCUGCGGCGCUACGGGGCAGUGCCCAAUGGGUUCAUCUUCGAAGGCGGGACGAGGUGUGGGUACUGGGCUGGUGUCUUCUUCCUGUCCUCCUCUGAGGGUGAGCAGAUCAGCUUCCUGUUCGACUGCAUCGUCAGAGGCAUCUCCCCCACCAAGGGCCCCUUUGGGCUGCGGCCGGUUCUCCCAGACCCGAGCCCUGGGGGUCCACUGGCCAUGGAGGAUCGAGCCACCCAGGAAACCCUGCAGCUGGAGAAGCGGCUCAGCCUCCUGUCCCACUCAGGACGGCCGGGCAGCAGAGGGGAUGACCGCAGCCUGUCCAGCUCUUCGUCCGAGGCCAGCCACUCGGAUGUCAGUGCCAGCAGCCGGCUGACGCCCUGGCCAGAGCCAUCCUCAUCCUCGGCCAGCACGUCGCAGGAGGGGCUGGCCACGUCGAGAUCCCUGCACCUGGGUGAGGCCUCAGCCUCAGGGGAGGCUGGAUCUGGCAGCUCCCAGCCUCCCCCUAAGCCCCUGCGGCCCCGGCAGCUGCAGGAGGUCGGCCGCCAGGGUUCCUCGGACAGCGGCAUUGCCACCGGCAGCCACUCGUCCUGCUCCGGCAGCUUCUCAUCCUACGCGGGCAGCAGCCUGGACGUGUGGCCAGCCCCCGAGGACUUUGGCUCACUGCUCAGCCUGCCGCCUGCACCCGGAGCCCCUGAGCCCCGCCUGUGCACCUGCCCUCCUGGCACAGCCCCCUGGGCGGCGGAGUACCAGGUGCCCGGGGUCCCUCGACCACAUUAUGACACACCUCGCAGCCUUCGGCAGGCGCCUAGGGACCAGGGCCUGGCCAUGCAGGGUGGCUCCGAUGGAGGGACAGCUGUCACCACUACCGGGGACUCGGCCGAGGGGUGCUCUUCUGCCUGGCCAGGCACAGAACGGUGGGGGCAGGCGGCAGAGGCCACACCGUCCAGCCCAGCAUCCAGCGAGCCAUGGGAGACUGGUGGUGCCCACGCAGGGCCUAGCCCAGCUGGCUUUUCCGUGUGCCCUGUCUGUGGGGGGUACAAGGGAGCGGCUGCCUCACCGCCCGGGCUCCUGGCACUGCGUGCAGGAACCAUGGGCCCCAGGGACAGCGCGUCACCCACCUACGUGAAUCUGCCGGUCAGCCCCUCGGCUGGGGGGCAGCUACACUACCUGGGCCUGGAGCUGCAAGGCGCUGGGCCGGGCAUCCGAGGGGCCAGCACGUCCAGGUACGCACUUAUCGACAUCACGGCCACCGAGAUGGCGCACAGGGUGGGCACGCGGCAUGCGCAGGCCCGGGAGGAGCGGCUGGCCGAGCUGGAGCGGAGGCGCCCGCAGCCCUGA